AUGUUGUAGGCAGUGAAGGAAAGGUUAGGUCGAAUAUGUAACCUAACUCAUCGCGUGGCCGCCAAAUAUGAUUACUUACUAUCCGUGAAAUAUAUCAAGACAUAUGUACACAAGUAAAAUUAUAUAAAUGACAAAUAACAGAUGAUGAGAGAUUUCGCAGACAGUGUGGCGGAACUUUGCAUAGAGAAAUAUAAUUCUCUAAAGAAGACUGGCAAACCGGCAGCUCAUGAAUGGACCGUGUUAUCCGGCAUCAUUCUAAGAGACGCCGACGGAUCGUUGUCCCUCGCAGCACUCGCCACAGGGACGAAAUGUUUGGGACAAUCGGAAUUAAUGAACAACUGCCAAGAAGAGAGAGGUUCACGAUUAAGUGACUCGCACGCGGAGGUUCUGACCAAGCGUGCGUUUCAACGUUAUUUGUACGAUCAGAUUAACUUAACUCUGAGCGGCUCUGAGAGCGCAAUUUUUCAGAGAAAUGACAGAAAUAAUGUAGAACUGAACGAUAGUGUGUCGUUCCACUUCUUCUCGAGUCAAACGCCUUGUGGAGAUUGCUCAAUUUUCCCUAAAGAUGAAACUUUCAAAGAUGGUGUGCCUCCGUCUAAGAUCAGACGACUUAGUGAGGAUACAAAUGGACGUAUAAUUACAGAAUCAUCUUGUAAAGACAUAUAUAGGACAGGCGCAAAAUGUGUGAAAGGAGAAGAGAUACAAGAUCCUCAUUUGCCUGGUGUAAAUUAUCAUAUAGUAGGUCCUCUGCGUACUAAACCAGGCAGAGGAGAUCCCACAAGUAGUUUGUCUUGUUCCGAUAAGAUAGCUAAGUGGCUCAUUCUUGGAUUGCAAGGAUCAUUUCUAUCACUGCUGAUACCACCGAUAAAGUUAGAAAGUAUCACGAUUGGAGGUGAUUGUCCUUUUUCUCUGGAUGCGAUGGAACGUGGAUUGUACAAAAGGUUUAAUGAUAAAAUAGAUGGACCCAAGAUCCUUCAGGCAAAACUUGGUUUUACACACAAGAGAGGACAAGAACGAUUACAUCCCUGUCCAACUAGUAUUAUAUGGUUUGCUGGAAGGAAUAGUGCGCUAGAAGUGUCAGUUGCCGGCAGAAAACAGGGAAUGACGAAGAAGAAGAAAGGUAAUAAUUUACUCGUAAGUAGACGAAUGCUCUUGCAAACCUUUUUGCAAAUUUUGGAUAAGUAUCAAAGUUACUAUAGUGAAAUAAAACAUCCAAAGAAGAUCAUGUAUUAUGACUGGAAACAAUGGUCGACGAUGUAUCAAAACAAAUGGAAACAAUUGAAACUUGAAGCAUUCCAUAACUGGCCGUAUAAAUCAGCACAUUUGCGAAAUUUUGCAUUAUGAAGUCAUUAUUUCAUUAAUGUAAAAUUUAUAAACACGUUUUAUA